UGCUACGCUUUAUAGUGUUGAGGAACAGGGCAUUGGUUUAUUUAAAGUUUUUAACGAAAAUCGUGAUCAUAUAGUAUAUCGUACUGAGAUAGAAUUAGUAUGCCAUUGUGAUUAUGGCUUACAAUUUUUUUUACCCUACUAUCAUAUUAUUGCUGUUCAUCUUACUUGUAAAGAAUCUCUAGGAGUUAAUUAUAUUGGCACUUGUUGGAUUAUUCCAGCAACAGACACAAAUAAUGUAAUACAACCUGAAGAGCCAUAUGAUAUUAAUAAUAAUGAAAACUCUUCAACUACUGUAUUGUCUUCUUCAAACUAUGAUACUUGUGAAAUUCAAAUUAGCAAACAAUCAACAUUUAAAAGUACAGCUAAUUUAAUUAAGAAAAUUGAAGCAAUUGCCAAUAGGGUUGGUCAUGUUGAAAUUAACAAUUGUCUCUCUCUUUUCAUUGAGAAGUUGAAUAACCAAUAUCCCUUACAACAAGCCAAUAUUGGUGAUCCUACAAAUAUUAAGACAAAAGAAAGACCAAGUAAUACAAAACGUAAAAAAACUGGUGCUGAACAUUCUACCAAAAAGACAUAU